AUGAGGAGCUUGUUGUUGUGUAUUACGGUGGUCGUAUCCUCGCUGUGUUCAGUCGCGGAGGCGGUGGUUCGGAGCGGAUCUAGCGACGGAUUUAGGGAACCGAGAGAUACCGAGACUGCGAUAUCGUUACUGGAGAAGAAAUUGGUGGCCUCGGAGGUUCCCAUGGUGCCUCUUACCUUGAUUCAAGGAGCUGACUCCAAAGGAGCUGUGUGCUUAGAUGGUACUUUACCUGGUUAUCAUCUAGAUCGUGGGUUUGGAUCAGGUGCUAACAGUUGGCUUAUCCAACUUGAGGGUGGAGGAUGGUGUUAUAACCAUAGGAGCUGUGUGUAUCGCAAAACAAGUCGGCGUGGUUCCUCUGAUUUUAUGGAAAAAGCUUUGGCCUUUACUGGAAUAUUGAGCAAUAAACCUCAAGAGAAUCCUGACUUCUUUAAUUGGAAUAGGAUCAAGCUGCGUUACUGCGAUGGUGCGUCUUUCGCUGGGGAUAGUCAAGACGAGAGUUCGCAACUUUUCUAUCGUGGACAAAGAAUUUGGCAAGUGGCUAUGGAAACAUUCCUGUCUUUAGGCAUGCUGCAAGCAAAUCAGGCUCUGCUUUCUGGAUGUUCAGCCGGAGGAUUAGCUUCCAUCUUGCACUGUGAUGAGUUCAGAGAACUACUACCCAGUUCUACAAAAGUAAAAUGCUUAAGUGACGCUGGAAUGUUCCUGGACGCAGUGGAUGUCGCUGGGGGCCACUCGAUUAGGAAUAUGUUCCAAGGUGUUGUUACAUUGCAGAACCUCCAAAAGGACUUGUCCAGUACUUGUACAAACCAUUUGGAUCCUACUUCGUGCUUCUUUCCUCAGAACUUGGUUUCAGACAUCAAAACCCCAAUGUUUCUUCUCAACACAGCAUACGACUCGUGGCAGAUCCAACAAAGCUUAGCUCCUCCAACUGCUGACCCAGGCGGCAUCUGGAAUGCAUGCAAAUCAGAUCACUCGCAUUGUAAUUCAUCACAGAUCCAAUUCUUGCAAGAAUUCAGGAAUCAGAUGGUGUUAGCCGUAAACUCAUUCUCAACAAAUGACCAGAACGGUCUUUUCAUAAACUCUUGCUUUGCGCAUUGUCAGACUGAAAGACAGGACACUUGGUUUGCUCAAGAUUCUCCCCAACUAUACGGAAAGAGAGUCGCAGAGUCUGUAGGUGACUGGUACUUCGACCGAACAAAUGAUGUCAAAAACAUUGACUGUCCUUACCCAUGCGACACAACAUGUCACAAUCUGAUUUUCGAGUGA